UCGUUUGGACGAAUGGCACCUGUUGCGUUCAAAGGGAAGCCGGGAGGCCAGUAUAGCAAUCCGCUGAUCCGUACCGCGCCUACUUAAUAGGGUAGCCAACGCGAAGUUGGUGCUUACGCCAUCACUCCAUUCAUUUCGUCUUCCCGAGAGAGUUGCACGCUGAAAAAUAAAAAAAAACAACGAAGAAUAACGCAUUGGUCUGUCCUCUUUUACUAUCUCGGUGACGCUUCUACAGUCCUUAGGACCCUGGGGCUCAUCUGGCAGUGAUGCGCCUACUUCCGAGGCGUCGCCUGUCCCCCCUGAAGCUGGUGUUGCUGGGCGGCACGCUUUUCAUGCUCGUACUGGUGGUCCUGCAGAGGGAUGUGGGCAGUGGGACCCAGGAGCCCUGGCUGGAGGACCUCUCGCACCGGAAGGAGCGCGUGAUGGAGAUGGUGCGCGGGGCCAUCAACAACUUCCCCUUCCAGAUCAGAGCUCCACAGCCCCCGCUAGCAGAGAGGUCUCCCACUAUCGACGAGAACUGCCCCCCAGGCUUCUACACGCAAGCGCAGCUCAUGCCCUGGAUACAGAGGCCUGCAGAGGACGCCCAAAGCCCUGGAGCAGGGGGCCAGGCUUUCCAGAAGGACGAGCUCACCAAGGCCGAGGAGAAGGAGAAGGAGGAGGGAAUGACCCGCCACUGUUUUAACCAGUUCGCGAGUGACCGGAUCUCUCUGCACCGCAGCCUCGGCGAUGACACGCGGCCACCAGAGUGUGUGGAUCGCAAGUUCAAGCGGUGUCCCCCGCUCCCGACGACCAGCGUGAUCAUCGUGUUCCACAACGAGGCCUGGUCCACGCUUCUUCGCACCGUCUACAGCGUGCUGCACACAUCCCCAGCCUUGCUGCUGAAGGAGAUCAUCCUCGUGGACGACAAGAGCACAGCAGAUCACCUUCACUCCCAGCUGGACGAGUAUGUAAAGAUGUUGAAGAUCGUCAGAGUGGUGCGUCAGCCAGAGAGAAAGGGGCUCAUCACAGCGCGGUUGCUGGGGGCCAGUCACGCCCAGGGCGAGAUCCUCACCUUCCUGGAUGCCCACUGUGAAUGCUUCCAUGGUUGGCUUGAACCACUGCUCGCUAGGAUUGUAGAAGAACCGACAGCUGUCGUGAGCCCUGACAUCACCAGCAUUGACCUGAACACCUUCCAGUUUAACAAGCCUGUGGCCAGUGCACGUGCCCACAACCGUGGAAACUUUGACUGGAGCCUGACCUUUGGCUGGGAGGCUAUUCCUGACUAUGAGAAGGCAAAGCGUAAGGAUGAAACCUAUCCUGUCAAAACUCCAGCCUUUGCUGGUGGCUUGUUUGCCAUUUCUAAAGCCUACUUUGAGAAGAUCGGAACAUACGACGACAAAAUGGAGAUAUGGGGUGGAGAGAACGUGGAGAUGUCCUUCAGGGUGUGGCAGUGUGGUGGUCAGUUGGAGAUCAUCCCAUGUUCGGUGGUGGGGCAUGUCUUUCGCACCAAGAGUCCACACACCUUCCCCAAGGGCACUGAGGUCAUCACCCGUAACCAGGUACGCCUGGCUGAGGUGUGGAUGGACGACUACAAACUCAUCUACUACCGCCGCAACCAGCAGGCAUCAAAAAUGGCCAAAGAGAAGAACUACGGUGACAUCUCCGACCGGCUGAAACUCCGAGAAAGUUUGCAUUGCAAAAACUUUUCCUGGUAUUUGAACAACGUUUACCCGGAGGUUUUUGUUCCCGAUCUGGUCCCUGUUCAGUUUGGAGCAAUCAGGAACAUGGGGUCUCAGUACUGUGUGGAUGUAGGGGAAGAUAACAAUGGAGGAAAGCCAGUCAUCAUGUACCCCUGCCACAACAUGGGUGGGAACCAGUACUUUGAGUACUCGUCACGCAAAGAGCUGCGACAUAACAUAGCCAAGCAGCUGUGCUUGCAUGCUAGACCCUUUCCGGACCAGGUGAAGGUGGAACUUUGCCAGCUGCAGGGACGCGGCACCAGCAUCGCUCCCGAGCAGGAGUGGGUCUGGGUCAAGGGGAGGAUGUUGAGGAAUCCUUCCUCUGAUCAGUGCCUACACCUGAAAGAUGGUCAGAUAGUAAUGAGCCCCUGUAAUGCGGAAGACCUGUACCAGCACUGGGCGUUCAGCUGACCCCUCCUAUCCAGCAAGGAUGUCGGUGUUCGUGACCGCAAUAUCGGGACAACCUUAACGUAACUCACCACUGUAUGGGUAUUCUAUAUCCACGCUAUGGCAAGACCAAAGACCUCAGCAUUUUGCAUGUGUUGACGGGACGCUCAGGGCGAUAGAGCAGAAAUGCUGUCUCUGAUGUACAGGACAUAAGCACACCUGACAGCAGUGUUUACAUGAAGCCAAACCUUUAUUGUACAGAACCUUUUUUUAUGAUGGUUAUAUUUAUGUUUUUAAAAAAAAAAAAAAAAGGAAAUAUUUUUGAGAAUUCCACUCUUGAUGGGACAUUGUAUAGGUGAUGUGUCAUAAAAGAAUUCAUUUAUAAAUUAUAGGUUGUCCAGUCAGGGUUGCAGUAUCUCCAAAAGGCUGAUUUCCAUGAGGUGAGAUUUUUCAGUUAGCCAAGUAAAGAAAGCCAAAAAAGGUUUGGGCAGUCAUUACGGACGUGUUUUACCUCCUCACCUACUGGACCGGGCAGGGUGCUUAUUCAGCUGGUGAGGCAAGCAUCUUAAUUCAGUUCCUGUGAUAAGUUUAGUCAUUGUUACUUUGUUUUAAUUAAAGAUUCCAUAUCUUUAUUAUUGGACAGAAUAUUGAAUGUAUUAAUUUUUUUUUUCUUCUUCAACAAUGCCAAUGAUAUUUUUGACCAACUGUUACUCAUGUGCCUGCAUUCUCUAAUUAUUCUUUGAAAUAACUUUUUUAUUGUAAUGUAAAUGUUAUUACAGUAUAAAUAUUAUAAUAAGAACAGGGUCCUAAUAAUGUGUGUGUGUGUGUGUUACUCAGGUUACUCAAAUUAAUACCACUGGAUUUUUUUUUUCAGAAUAUUAAUCAUCUUUCUUUUCAUCACAUAAUGUUUAUUUCCACCCACUGCAACCCCCUGCCAAAUGAAUGAUAAUUAAAAAAAAAAAACCUUAUUAUUAAUGAAGAAUGUAUCAAAUGAACACUGUUUAACCUUUAUUAAACUUGCAUAAUUUUU